AUGUGGACGGUGGUGCAGCGUGGUGCCGGCAGCAGGGUCUCGAACCUGUGUCCCCUGGAGGACAGAGCUCCGAGCCGGAUCUACCCGGACUACCCCCCUCUCCAGGACCCGGUCCCAGUCCCGGUCCCGGUCCCGGUCCCGGUCCCGGUCCCGUCCGAGCACCGACCAGACGCCAGCAGGAUGCUGCUGCUGCUCUGUCUGCUUCCUGUGGUGAGCGGCAGCACCACGCUGACGCUGAACGCCACCUCGUACCGAGCGGGUCACGACCACGGGGAGGAAGUUGCCGUGACGACCAGACCUCACAUCUACCACUGCCGCUCGCCCAACAUGGAGGACUUCACCUGCUGGUGGCGUCCGCUGGACAACCUGACGGAGGGCGAGGUCGUGUCCUACGUCCUCACCUACUCCAAAGAGUGCGAGUGUCCCGACUACACCAGCGCUGGUCCCAGCAGCUGCCACUUCGACAGCAGCCACACGUCCAUCUGGAAGAUCUACUGCAUGAACGUCACCGCUGUCACCGCCCACGGGAACUACACCUCCCAGAAGCACUGCCUGGACGUGGCCGACAUCGUUCAGACCGAAGCUCCGGUGAACGUGACCUACACGCUGAGCGACCCCGGCGGAGACGAGCUGGGUCACAACGCGCUGCUGACCUGGACGUACCCGGCGCCGGCCCACCUGCAGUUCGGCUGGAUCACGCUGAUGUACGAGCUCCAGUACCGACGCCUCACCGAGCCCGACAACUGGAAGGUCAAGGCCUCUCUGCGGGAGCCGCACGUGGAGCUGCUCGGCCUCCCCCCCGCCCACUACGUGCUCCGGGUCCGCUGCCGCUCGCAGAACUACGGCCUGUGGAGCGAGUGGAGCGCCACGCUGCAGAUGAGCAUCCCCCCCGCUCUGCCGGCAGGGAAGCUGUUGGUUCUGAUCCUGGUGACGGGCGUCGGCGUCUUGGCUCUGCUGGUCAUCGCCUUUGGUGUCAUUCCACAGAGCAGAAGAAUAAAAGAGUACUUCCUGCCUCAGAUUCCGAAGCCGAGGAUCAUGGGUAUUGAUCCGCUGCUGAUGAAGAAGGGGAACCUGGAUGAGAUCAACCGUCACCUCAGUAACUUCCAUGGUUACCGCCCCCCAGCUACAGGGAGGAGUUGUGGGACCAGCGUCCAGGCGCACCUGAUGGGCGGGGACAAGGAGGCCUUGGUGAUCCCAGGUGACCUCGCGCCCUCGGCCGCCCACCUGCAGCUCGCCGCCCGGAUCCCGAGUCCCUACCUGCAGAGCCCGGCGCCCUACUGCUCCUCGCCGCUCCAGGCCUUCGCUCCGGCGCUGGCGAGGCCGGAGAUCCUGUCUCUGCCGGGGACGGACUACAGCGUGAUGGGACAGGGCGACGCCUUCCCCGGCCCGGACGCCACCGCCACCGGCUCGCCUCAGGACUUCUACACCUGCGUCCAGCUCAUGAGCGAAAGCGGCGAGGUGCACCUGGUGCCGUGUCUGCCGCCGCCGUACUGCCGGGAGUUCCCGCCUCUGCAGAGCGGAGACGAGGCCGAGAAGCAGGAGAAGAAGAGGAAACUCGCCGAGUACCAAGCCAGGAAGAAGUCGGUGAGCGAGCACAAAGAUGGCGGCAAGGCCGAGAGGAGCGAAGCGACCGUGCCUCUGCUGCCCGUCGCCGUGGACAACCGGGGCUGA